AUGGACCGCGCGCGGAAGGCCGAGCCGCAUGCAAGCGAGACCAUGUGGCACCGCGAGGUGCACAAGAACCUCGAGGGCCACCUCUCGCGCAUGAACCACAUGACGCCCUUCAUCGACAACGCUGUCCCCAAGACCGCGGCCAUGGGCGGCAGCAGCACGUCCAAGAAGAGCCAGCUCAAGGAAGACCGCCUCGACGCCAUCGAAGUCGAGAACCGGCGGCUCCUCGAGCGUAUUGCGACGAUCGCACUGACGACGGCCAAGGGCGGUGACGAUGAGAAAGCGCCCAAGAAGUCGCUGCACGACGGCCAGCGCAAGCGAGAGCAAGAGCGAAUUUAUAUGGAGAACCAGGCCAUGCUGCGGCGCCUGCAGACGGUCAAGCCCACGCUCAAGCAAAAGGACCCGAAGAAGGGCAACAAAUGGAGGCUCAAGUUUGUCAAGAGCAAGGAGCACAAGCUCAGCAAGAGCGAGCGAGAGAUCGAAACCAAGGUCGACGGCAACGCCAUCCACGUCAAGAAGGCUUCGUCGCGGAAAGGUUCCCGCCGCAACAAGGUUGUGCCCUCGCAAGGUGAAGAGAUCGUGCCCGAACCCGAGCCUAGCCAAAAGACGCCAUCGUUGACAUUCGAGCAGCCCGACGCCAGCGAUGCAGUACCGCUGCUUCUGGAAUCCAGCAGCAGCGCAACCAUUCGGAUCAUUGGCGCAACAACCGACAACGACGGUCAACACAGUAGCCGAAUACCAUCGCCAAGCGAAGCACAAGCCACUGAGGAGACUCAAAUACUUUCAGCAUCCCCUUCCACGCCGUUCGAGUGCGCGGGCAUUUCCGAGUUCGUUGAAGUUUGCGUGACGCCGGCCCAAAGUGACGCGACUGCCGAGAGCGAUGCGUCGUCAGAGCCACCGUGCAACGCAACUUUUCCUGCUGCCGCGAUGGAUGGAAAAGCGCUCAGUGCGCUCACAGCCGCGGCUCCCGAGCCGUCAUCGACAGACAUAUUGGAGUAUGAGCCAUCUGGCGCAGCCCAGAAAGCAACAGGUUCGUGCUCAGCACACGGUGACGAAGACGCUGCAAACGAAGCCACGGCGACGGACGUCACAAGCAUACCAGGUGUUCCGAUCAGCGGCACCACAGCGGCCGCCCUCGCAUCGGUUGUUGCCGAAGCUGCGCUUUUGACUGCCGUCGACCACGUGCUGCACGGCGAGGCUGCGCAAGGCGCUCCCAACGCUCUGAAGUCAGACAAUGCCGAUACACUUAGCACGGUUGACAGACACGACGACAACACCUUGGAGCUGCUGGACUCUGCUGACACGGCACCGCCAAGCGUCCCGGUUGAUCUUGACGAUGUCAAGCCCGCGGCGCUGAAAGGUGUCGCGCAAACCCUCGCGACUGCUAUACUGACAGCGGGGUUGCACCACGUGGUCGUUGAGCGCACAUCGCCUACGAAACCACCCAUCUCGCCGGACGAAAAGACCGUCCAGUUUGAAGAGGAUGCGAGCAGCUCCAACGCAGACGCUACUACGGCGGUGUCCACUACCACGCUCGACAGGGAGUACGACGAGGUCAAUGACACCACUGACGGCGCAGGAGAAAUACUCAGCACGCAGCCAGGGCCUGGCAUCGCGCCUGUGGGUGAUGGAGGCGCAGGGUACCAGUCACCGAGCAUGGACCACCAAGACGAUCUAUAUGACGAUGGUGAUGAGCCUACCGGAGGUGCCACGGCACCAGAGAUUGCGGCCGCUGGUGACGAAGAGUCCAGCUACUACGACGAAGAACCUUCAGAGCCGGUGUCUGCAGAGGUUGCAGGCCGCAAGCAGCUCGAACCAGCCGAUGACGAAGCUGACGUCUACGAUGAUGAUCUGGACAACAGCAAUGUACAUACAAACAACGACGAUUACCCUUUGACCAAGGAGACGAACCAAGACAGCCCGACCGAGACGAAAAAGCCUUAUGACGUACCGUCAAAUAUCACAGGCGAGGACGUCAGCUUUCGAGAAGGACCAGAUGACAGCAACACGAUGCCAGCACCCGUCGACGAUGUCGGAUAUGCCUACAGCGACGAUGAGGACAGCAGCGAGUCGCCGGCCACCGCAGCAGCCGUCACUGCAGCCCAGCAACUGAGCGGAGAUGGUCAAGGCGAUGACUACGAAGGCGGCGACGACUACGAGGACGACACGCCGCGGGAAGAUCCUCAUGACGAUGUUUACCACGCCGAGUUUCAAGACGAGCACUUGGAGAUCGCGUACGCAGACGACGGCUUUGACGACGGACAGAACGCGGACGAGGACGGCGCCGACUACGGAGACGAGCAUUUUGCUGAGUAGCCGUGCUGCCGCUUCUUAUUUAAAAUAUUUUCGUGU